UGCUUUCUUUUCGCCGUCCGUCCGUCAGUUUGUUCGUGGUGCCUCUCCGGAUUCGGAACCGUCGUCCGUGGUUAGUGUCGUCGUCGCGCAAAAAAAGGAGCAGCUGCUUGGCACAGGAAAGUGAUUAGCGGAAAAAGGAAGUUUAGUGUGAUUCCCUGGUGCAGGUGGAUCCGAAAUAGUAGGGUGUUUUCCGUCCGAACCGAGGACCGCACCAAUGUAGACACGGGGGGAGAAAGAAGCAAACGUGUUGUAGUGUGAAUCGCUUGAAGAAAUCGUCGUGUCAUAAAUCCAGCCGGAUUCCCGGGGCUGAACCAGCCCAACAUUGACGGAUUGCGGGAGGAGAGACAGCAACAGAUAGAAAACAUCGUCGGGGAAGAAGAUGGGUGGCCAGAAGUUCCAGUACGAUGAGAGCGGAGGGACUUUCUUUUACUUUAUCCUGUCGUUCCUGGCGCUGAUACUGAUACCGGCCACUUUCUACUUUUGGCCUCGGAAGAAAAAGGAAGAUCCUGAGCGAUUCAAAGCAGAAUGCCAGUGCGAACCGUGUAACAAAAAACGCAUACUGAUAUCACAUUCCGACCCGUACAAAGGCGUCAAGGCAUUCUUCGUCAAGGUGCUUAUCAUCGGAGGAUGGGCCCUGCUCGCAUUUCUAACGUAUAAAGUAUCCCAGUUCGACUACGAGAUGUCCAACUUUGAUCCUUAUGAGAUUCUUGGUGUCCCACUGGGAUCCUCCCAGAAGGAUAUUAAGAAAGCUUAUCGUACCCUGUCGGUGAUUCUGCAUCCGGAUAAGGAAACUGGUGACGAGAAGGCUUUCAUGAAGUUGACCAAGGCUUACCAAGCUCUGACUGACGAUGAAGCGCGAAAGAACUGGGAAAAGUACGGCAAUCCGGAUGGCCCAGGAGCGACGUCGUUCGGUAUUGCACUGCCCUCGUGGAUCGUCGAAAAGGAGAAUUCCGUCUGGGUGCUGGGACUGUACGCACUGGUAUUUAUGGUGGCCCUUCCAACCGUGGUGGGCACCUGGUGGUAUCGAUCGAUUCGCUACAGUGGUGACAAGGUGUUGCUAGACACCACGCAGAUGUAUUUCUACUUUUUCCACAAAACACCGCACAUGGCCCUGAAGCGAGUGGUGAUGAUUUUGGCUGCCAGUUUGGAGUAUGAUAAACGGCACAACACCCAGGUGGUGGAACGACAGUCCGAUAACGAGGAGGUGCCGAUGCUCAUCAAACAACUGCCGAACUUGAACGAAAAGUGUAAGGAAUUGCCACUGUGUCGGAUGUACUCGAUCAAGGCUCGCGCCAUUCUGCACGCCCAUCUCAGCCGGAUGGCACUGAACCCACAUACGCUGGAUAAGGACCGGCAGUUCAUCGUGAAAAAGUGUCCCUACCUCAUCCAGGAGAUGGUUAGCUGCGUCAAUCAGCUGAUCAUGUUGGCCUACGCCAGACGGAUCUCUAAGCUCCCGACCAUCGAAACGAUCGAGAACUGCAUGAAGCUGUCGCCGAUGAUCAUCCAAGGUCUGUGGGAGUUCAAAAACCCACUGCUCCAGCUGCCGCACGUCACCGAAGAGCACCUUCGGUAUUUCAUCUCCAAGAAACCUCCAAUUCGCAAUCUACAGCAGUUUGCACAACUACCGGCAGAGGAAAGCCGCUUGGUUCUGCGCAGUUUGAGCGACUUCGAAUACGAGAACGUGAUGAAGGUGCUAGGUAGGAUGCCGCUGAUCGAUUUCUCCGUCAAAUGCGAAGUGGUGGACGACGAGAACUCGAACGUGGUCACUGCCGGGGCCAUCGUAACCGUGACGGUCGAGCUGGUGCGAAGGAGUAUGAGCGAACUCUUCGGGGAUGUAACCGCCAAAGAGAAGCAGGGCAUCACUGAAGGCAAAGACGACGGAGACGAAGGCGAUGACAAUGGAGGCGACAGUGCCGUAGCGGCGGCGCCCAAGGACGAAAAGGAAGAGGCCAAGGCCAAGAAACCCGCCUGGCAACCGAAGGCAGGCGGAAAGGGCCACAAAGGAAAGAGCAAAGGAGCGGCCAAUAAAAACCGCCACCGACAAGCAGCGGCAGCGGCCGCUGCGCUCGCUCAAACACAGGCCAGUAAGGUCGAAAAGAACAAAAUCAACGAAAAAGUUCGCAAGGAGGAAUCCGAUGCCGACAGCGGUGCCGAAAGUGACAACGACCUCAGCUCCGACGAGGGCAAGAAGUCCUCCGUGGAAGAUGAUGAUGUCGAGUGGGAAAAAUUCCAGCAAAAGAUCAACAAGCGUGAGAAGCUGGAAGGUAAAUCCAAGGUAUCCCACCCGGUGCACUGCCCGUUGUUCCCUGAGGAAAAAUAUGAAUACUGGUGGACGUACAUCUGCGACCGGAAGUCGCGCACCCUCCUGACGGCGCCCUAUCACGUCACCAAUCUGGUGCACCGCGAGGAGGUCGCACUCAAGUUCACCGCGCCCAAGUGGCCCGGCGUGUACGUGUUCACCGUUUGCCUCCGGUCGGAUUCCUACUUCGGAAUGGACCAGCAGGUGGACCUGAAGCUGGACGUCAAGGAAGCGGCCGCCAUCCCGACCGAGCACCCGCAGUGGGACAUCAGCGAUUCCGAGUCGGAAGCCGGCGAACAGCAGGCCAACGAGAGCGAGUUCACCACGGAUUCGUCCGAUGCGGAGAAUGACGACAAUUAGAGGGAAGGCUUGGCAUCUUGAUUCUCUGGACUGGAAGACGAUAGUUAGAAAGGUAAAAGUGUGCGUGAGGAGUGCAUGCACGUGUUGCAAUUGAGAGUAAUUAUUAUAAAUUUCCCCGAAAUCAUAUUGAUGGUUUGUUCAUUUGAGCAGUUUUCGUUGAAAUGGGUCACUAAUUAUUGAUGCAAAUCAAUGUUUCCAUAAAAGAUGUUGCCAUAUGUUGAAGCCCAUCUCCUCCUAGUAUUCAUUGAUGCUUUUAACCUUCCUAAGGUAUUACGUUGGCAACAGCUCGCUGAUGUAGUGCACGGUUUGAGCCAAAAAUGACCCUAAUGCACAAGGGUUUGAAGUCACUAAUUCAAAUCUGAUCCCCAUUUGAUUGAGAUUCACAGGUGCAAGAAUCACAAAAACCUUCUCUGGACCAAAUUGCAUGAGAAUUUUAUUGAAAAUCCAGAGAGAAUUCCAGUAGCAUUUCAAGGGAGAAUUAUUAUGAUUUUCUAUGUGAAACAAGCAGUUUUCUCAAAAAAAAAUAAUUGGUUUUCCGUUGAAAAAUACCCAAAAUGUGCGAGCUCCAGAACCAUUCUUUGAAGACUAUCUUUUUAGAUAGAUCCAGCGCCGGUAUUCAGCACCGGUACAGUAAAAGUGUUACUAUUACAAUCGCGUGGAUCUAAUAUUAUUUACGAUUAAUGCGAAAAAUAAUUAGUAUAAAAUGAGCUCUCCUAUUGUCUAGACAGAGCAUGUCUUGUUCAUCCAAUCAUCUUUUUUUCUUUUUUGUCGUCCACUGGAACUAAUCACCGGACUGGAUUUCAAAAACUAGAACGUAUCGUAUGUCUCAAUUGAAUGCAUAGAAAAAUAGUAUAAAACGAGCUCACCAAUUUAUCUGAUAGCCGUUUUCAAAACUUAUCGGAUUUUCGAGAAAAGAGUAUUUAAAUACACUUUCUAAUCUCUUCGGAAAAAGUUCAACAUCUGAACUAGCGGAUUCAAACAUGGAUUUGGACUUCACAAUAUGGUAGCUUUUCUAAGUAAACAGUCAAACUAGUAAUAUUUGUCCAAACUCACAAAGGUUUUUUUACACAUCUCCGUUACAAUAUUGUAGGAAUUCAGUAAAUCUAAGGAACCCCAUAAUCAGUGACCCACUUUUAAGACUGUAUUGUUGUUGGUUCAUCUACCUAACCCUGGAACUCCCCAUCCCUCAUCCUCAUUUGCAAACCACUACUGUUUGAGAAUGCGAGUACAUAAAGUGGUCCUAAUCGCUAACACGGAAUUCAAUCCCACUGAUGAUCAUGUUGAUGUUGGUAUCGAACGUGAACUUGAAAGAGUGACAACUAAAAAACAAGAGAGACGGGCACGGGGAAAAAGCACUUUUUUAUAUUAAACAAAAAAAAUCACUACAACGCGCUCGGUUAGAAGCGAAAGACUACAAUAUUUCUAGAGAAAAUUUUGGGUAAAAGUAAGUUAGAUUAAAAAAUGAAAAAAAAAAACAGAAAUGAAAACAUAGUUAUGUAGUGUUCAAAAGAAAACUGAGAAGCUCUGCAACAACAUUACAUACACACAAUCACAAUUAUAGAGAACAUUAAAAGUCUGUGAAACAAUAA